AUGGGAAUGAACGAUCCAAGCAUCUUCACUCAGCCUUCAGCUUGGCUUCUGGACAUCUCACUUACACUGGGUGAUAGGUUGUCUGAGGACAAGGUGGCUUUUAUGGGCCGAUCGGUUAUUGCAUUUCAAUAUUUGCACCAUUCUCUGCAGGAGUUGUUAAAAAUUCAUCAAGAAUAUCUAAAGAGGCAGAGGGAGGUGGUGAAAGACCAACAGAACAACCUGGCCGUGCAACAAUCGGAAAUCACCAAAAAGUCCUAUGUGCUAAAGGAGAGCAUAAUAAGAAAACACCUGGAGAUCCAAGCCAUCCUGGAUAAGGACCUGAGGACCACACUGUCACACCUGGAGGCCGAGGAGCGUGCUGCUGUCUCAGCUCUGGACUGGCUCAUGGAGAGGAACUGGUCUCUGAUCCAGGAGAUAGAACAGGACCUGGCUGGAAUCACAGGGACACUGGACCACGUGGACACGCAUGCUGAUGCAACGUCUUUCCUCUCAUGCCUCGACCACCAAGGCAGAGUGCCAGAUGUGCUCAACAGCUCAGAGCGUUGCAGUGUGAGCUUGGAAGAGGCCAAAGCUGAGCAGAUUGUCAGCCUCACCAACAACAUGCUUCUGCUCAUCUCCUCCCUCACACCUACUAUGAAGACUCUUGUGAAAAGCUAUUCAAGUGACGUGUGCUUGGAUCCAGACACAGCUCAUCCCAAGCUGCUCAUCUCUCCUAAAGGUGACAGUGUCACCUACACAGACACGUGGAAGGAGCUUCCUGACACCCCUUCACGCUUUGACACCACUCUUAACGUCAUCAGCUUGCAAAGCUUCAGCUUUGGCUGUCAUUACUGGGAGAUAGACGUGACUGGCAAGACCUACUGGGAGCUUGGCGUCACGUAUCCCAGCAUUCCACGCAAGGGCACAGCUGAGGACUGCUGGCUGGGUCGAGGAGAUGAAUCGUGGUGUGUGGAGUUUUUUGACGGGGAAUAUACAGCCUGGCACCAAGGCGUGCCCCAUAGGCUGCUUGUCACGAAACACUUGUGUCGAAUUGGAAUUUUGUGUAAUUUCCCAGCUGGGUCAGUGAUGUUUCUCGGUGCAGACGAUAUGUCACCGCUGUUCUGCUUCUGUGCAGGGAGCUUCUCCGAUAGCCUCCACCUGGCCGUGUGUCCUGGCCAUGCCCACAACGGAACCAAUGAAAAACCAAUUGUAAUCUGUAAUGCAACAUCUCAAGCUCCACUUGUUUAAGUUUGUAAAAAAUAUUUAUAUGAGAC